CCGUACAAACCGAAACUCUGUUUUUUUGUGCGAUUCUUCGUGUGUGAUAAAAAGAUAAUGGAGCCACUCGACGACGACCUUUUCCUCGGCAAGUAUCAGCCAUCGGAUCUCAAGAUCGCUUCGGAGUUUCUAACCACUUGGCUGCCUUUCUUAUCUAGAGAUCUCUGCUCAGACUGCGUCCAUGUUCUCUCCCGUCGAAUCCGUUCUCUACAUCCAGAUAAUUCUUGUAAUAACAACUCAGAGACUGUUUCUAGAGAUGACAAACCGAUUACUCAUCUGGUGGUGGAAGACAUGGAUUCUGAAGAAACCGAUCGUAACGUAGAGGAUGACCGUGACGGCAAGUUCAAUGCUUCUGUGACGACGAGUCCUAAAAUGUCAUGGGCUGAUAUGACACAAGAGGAUGGGCUUAAUGAAGAAGAAGAGGAAGAAGAGCAGAAGGUGAGUGAAGACUGGACGAAGACUCCUCAGAAGCGUAAGUUGUCUAGGGAUGAAAGAGAGCAGUAUCGGUUCAUUAACGUGAAGAGGAUGAAAGUGUUUAGCUGUUACGAGAAAGUUAAAGGGAGACGCGUUGAUAUCCUCGAUGGACUUGAAUUGCAUACUGGUGUUUUCAGCGCUGCUGAGCAGAAAAGGAUCGUUGAUUAUGUCUAUGAGCUACAAGAGAAGGGUCGCAAAGGAGAGCUCCAAGAACGUACUUUCACUGCUCCACAUAAGUGGAUGAGAGGCAAAGGAAGAGUUACUAUUCAAUUCGGAUGUUGUUACAACUACGCAACAGACAAAGCGGGAAACCCACCAGGGAUCCUUCAACACGGAGCUGUUGAUCCAAUACCAUUACUUUUCAAAGUAAUAAUCAGAAGGUUGGUCGGGUGGCAUGUGCUUCCUCCAACGUGUGUACCUGAUAGUUGUAUCGUCAAUAUAUAUGACGAAGGUGAUUGCAUACCUCCUCAUAUCGAUAACCACGAUUUUCUACGACCUUUCUGCACAGUCUCAUUCCUCAGUGAGUGCGAUAUACUCUUUGGAGCUAAUCUCAAAAUCGAUGGACCUGGUGAAUUCUCUGGUUCUUACUCGUUGCCGCUUCCUGUCGGAUCAGUUCUUGUGUUGAAGGGUAAUGGUGCAGAUGUAGCUAAGCAUUGUGUACCUGCGGUUCCUCAGAAGAGGAUAUCGAUCACGUUUAGGAAAAUGGACGAGUCCAAAAGACCAGUUGGGUUCACUCCUGAUCCCGAUUUGCAAGGGAUCAAGCCGUUGCCGUACGAACAGACCACGCAGAGCACUCCUCCUGCUGUUGCAGCCAUUAGCGCUUCAAGAUGGAACAACAACCAAAACGGUGGUAACUACAACAGUCGAGGAGGUGGUCAAUGCAAGCAUCGUGAGUCGAGUUGAGGUUAUCAUCGUUCCGAGAGUCGAGAGUGGUCAUCAUCAAGUAGAAGAAGAGGAAGUUCACGACGCUCUCCUAACACAGCUUAUAGACCCAAGGUUCAUAGUAAUAAUACUAGCUCCGACAAUGUUUGAGUAUAGAAUUUGCUUUCUGUUUGUUAUAUUUUUAUGUUUGUAAUACGAACUUAAUUAUUUAUUUUACCAAAUAAUAGAAUAAAGGAUAACUCAUAAA